CAUGAGCGGACCCCAGAGCCUGUGGGAGGUGGUCGUGCUGUGUGUGGCAAUUUGGUACGGGAGAAAAAAUAAUAAUAAUAAUACUGUACACGCACGUUUCUGGGUGGAAUUUAGUUCGUCGUAAAAAAAUGUACGCCUAUCACUAGCCGAACAGUCCUCCAGGGACAACGCUCUACUGGCUAUGCGUGUAUCCAAAGACGGAGCAACUGUUCUGCCCAGAGGUCAUACAAUGCAGUGAACCUGAUGGCUCAGCGUCGCGUCCCGUUGUUCUUCCUGCUGCUCCUGAAGAUCCUGGGGGCGUUAGCUGAAGACGGGCACAUCCAGUGUACAUGCGAGGACAGCUCUUGUGCCCCGGGGGAGCACUGCGAUGGCGAACAGUGCUUCUCCUCGGUGACGGUGAGUGGGGACCAGCGCGUCUUCACCCGCGGCUGCCUGACGAACACCCAGCAGAGCCGCAUGAUCUGCUCCAACGCGCCCUCUGCCAGCUACGCCAUCGAGUGCUGCUCACACUACAUGUGCAACGCCAACGCCACCACCGACACGCUUCUGCCUCUGCUGCUCACAGUGCCAGAAGGAAAGCCAAUCAGGUACCGGGUGGAGACCCUUGUCAUCUUCGUGAUUGGCCCGUUUGUGGUGCUGGCCCUCCUAUCCCUGCUGGCCGUGCUGGUGUGUCGGCGGCUGCACCACGGCCGACUGGAGAGGCUCCACGAGAUGGACGCUGAGCAGGGGGCCAUCGACGGCCUCAUUGCUUCCAACGUGGGCGACGGCACCCUGGCUGAUCUCCUGGACCACUCCUGUACUUCAGGCAGUGGCUCUGGCCUUCCCUUCCUGGUUCAGAGGACUGUGGCACGGCAGAUCAGCUUGGUAGAGUGUGUUGGAAAAGGGCGUUAUGGGGAAGUCUGGAGGGGCCAGUGGCAGGGAGAAAACGUGGCAGUGAAGAUCUUCUCUUCCAGAGAUGAGAAGUCCUGGUUCAGAGAAACAGAGAUUUACAACACUGUCCUGCUGCGGCAUGAAAACAUCCUCGGAUUCAUGGCUUCCGACAUGACGUCGCGUAACUCCAGCACGCAGCUCUGGCUCAUCACACAUUACCACGAGAACGGCUCGCUCUACGACUACCUGCAGCGCGUUGCCGUGGAGACGGCGGACGGGCUGCAGAUGGCAGCGUCGGUGGUGAGCGGACUGGUGCACCUGCACACCGAGAUCUUUGGGACAGAGGGGAAGCCGGCUAUAGCUCACCGUGACCUCAAGAGCAAGAACAUCCUAGUGAAGAAGGACCUACGCUGUUGCAUCGCUGACCUCGGCCUGGCAGUCACGCACUCGCAGUCAGACAAUCAGCUGGAUGUUGGAAAUAACCCCAAGGUUGGUACCAAGAGGUACAUGGCGCCGGAGGUUCUGGACGAGACCAUCCAGACAGACUGCUUCGACGCUUACAAGCGAGUGGACAUCUGGGCCUUUGGGCUGGUCCUCUGGGAAAUUGCUCGCCGGACCUACAGUAACGGCAUCGUCGAAGAGUACAAGCCGCCCUUCUACGACCUGGUGCCCAACGACCCCAGCUUCGACGACAUGCGCAAAGUCGUGUGCGUGGAACAGCAACGGCCCUUCAUCCCCAACAGAUGGUUCUCGGAUCCGACCCUGUCGGCCCUGGUGAAGCUGAUGCGGGAAUGCUGGUACCAGAACCCGUCGGCCCGCCUCACGGCACUGCGAAUCAAAAAGACUCUAGAUAAAAUCUACAGCUCCCUGGAGAAAGGCAAAGUGGACUGCUGAAGACGGACAUCUCUGGAGGGGUUGGCCUGAACCAGCAUGGGCGAGGCAAGGGAGGAGCAGGGUGGGGCUGGGACCUGGGGGCGGGGCUUGUACACAGACUGACACGCAUCCAAACACCUGCAGGAGGAAAAUGAGAAAGGGGGGGUGUUUUGUUUUGUCAUUGUAAGGUAAUUAUUAUUAUUUUUUUGUAUUGCUGUUUGUUUUUGUCACUAUCUCUGGCUUAUUCUUGUGUUAAUCUGCCAGUGAACUUCCCUGCAUUGGGCUGGCUGCAUACCGUUGUGUGUGGAGGCCUCCCGCCCGGCAUACCGUUGUGUGUGGAGGCCUCCCGCCCGGCAUACCGUUGUGUGUGGAGGCCUCCCGCACGGCAUACCGUUGUGUGUGGAGGCCUCCCGCACGGCAUACCGUUGUGUGUGGAGGCCUCCCGCACGGCAUACCGUUGUGUGUGGAGGCCUCCCGCCCAGCCCAAGCUUUUUGGACCCCGGGGUCUCUCCGUCCUAAAACUUCAGUCCUUGGGUAUCGCGCCCCCCCCCCUUAAGUUUUCUAGUUCGGCGUCGUUAUGCAAAAGCAGCUUUUUCUCUGUACUCCUUACGAGGCAAGGGCGGCUACUGGAACGUUUGACGUUUUAACGGCACGGGUGCCUUAGAUCAGUGUGUGUAUACUCCAUCUCCCUGCUGGCCCGCUGGAGUUUACAGAAGAGUCACAAUGUCAUUUUUACAAAGCAGAUCGGACCGGAACCACAAACCGCUGAACACCUUGUGCAGUGAAGCUUAACGGCUGCCUGCGAAAGUGCCAUAGCUCCUGAUCAUGUCUUCUCUAUAUAUUAAUAUAUAAACAAGUUUGUAAGUAUGUAUUCCUGUAGUCCCUCCAACCACUUCUCCAGCGGUUUAACAAAACAAAACGCAUGUGGCUUUCGAACAGAACCAGGCGGUAGCUAUCGGCGUGAAGCGUCUCGGUGCGAAAGCCAGCUUGCCAGCGUCAGGGAGCGCUCGUCACUGCAGCCCACUGCAGCCCACUGCCACGUGGUGCCGCACGCCCGCUCCCGGGCUCUCUGCUGUUUUGGGUCCUGAAUUUUUUUUUAUAUAUUCGAACCUUGAUUGGUGCGGGGGGUCCGUCGUCUGACAUGUCAGCGCCCCCACUGCCGCCGCCCGUUUUUGGACCCGUCCGCCAUGACUCUCCUGCCAGCUCUUCCCAUGGCUGUAUGCAAAGACAAGCUUCCAUGAUCUUACUUGGGUUGGGGAGGGGAGGGAUUGGGGGGGGGGAGGGGGUGUUUCCACAGCCUGGAGGCGUCGUCGACGCACAAAACUAAGUUUCUUCCUGAAAACAAAAAAUCUUGUGCUUCGUUUUAAUAUGUACGUCUGCCACUUUCCCAGUCCUGUUACUGGUAUUAGUUUCUCUGUUCCAGUUGGAAUGGAAUUUUUUUUUUCUUUUUAUUGAGUCAUUUUAUCAUCGGUUAAGGGGCAGAGCCAAGACCUGAAGAAGGAUACUAUGGUUAAAACAAAAAAAAAAAUGCAUCAUGCAUUUUGCAUCAGAUUCCUGCAGUUACCUUUCAGCCAGGCCUAGUGAAGAUUGUCUACUGAAGGGGAACCUCACACCAUACUGUAUCAAGAAACGCUACAGAAAUUUAUUUUCGUCAGCAGAAUAUUGUCACAAAUGUGGAAGAUAUUACUGUAUAGCAUAAACACUGCUAUGAGCUUGCCUUUGUUAAAUUGCAACUGUGAAUGCCUAAAAAAAAAAAUCUCUAAAUGACAUGGAUGGGAACAGUAGAGAUCUCGUGUUGGGGGGGGGGGGGGUUGGUGGUAAAACCCCAAUGUGCAAAGCAGGGCUUCAGAGUGAAAAUGCCAGGGGGGAGGAGGAGAUGUCGAGAUGGUCUAAGAAGCCGGGAGAGCAAGGAGCAUGAUGUACGACCGCUGGGCGCAUCAUUCAGACAUUUCAGCACUUUGGGUGACCUGGCGCCAGAAGUAUGUAGUGGGCGUCGACAGAAGUGACAGCCAGCUGGACGUUCCGUAGGGGGUGACGGCAGAGGCUAAACUCGCCUCAUUCCCAGACACUAAGCAUGAGAAAGCAGGCCAGCCCCUCCUCUCACUUUGGCAGCUCUGUUGCUCUGCUGCUCUGCUGCAGCGGCAAGCACCUAACGGGCCAUUAAACAACAUGUAGUUAUCAUGGUGAUUAUUAUUAUUAUUUAUUGUCAGAAACGUCCUGUUACAAGGACGCAUAAGCAAUCAGUAAGUACAGGCACUGAUUUUAACACUAGUAAUACAUUUGAGACACUACAAAUAUACGACGAAACGGUGCUUUACAAAUUAAGCUCUACAGUCGGCUCUUAUCGGACAACAGCCAAUCCACACUACACAAAUACAAGUAUUUAAAUAUCGGAACUUAAACUUUCUGCAUUUAA